GCAGGGGGCGCCCCGCCGGCGCGCUUCCGCUACGCCACGGCGGAAGUGUGAUGUGGCCGUGAGCGCGUCGCCAUGUCUGCCAUCUUCAACUUUCAGAGUCUUCUGACUGUAAUCUUGCUGCUCAUAUGUACCUGUGCCUAUAUCAGAUCCUUGGCUCCCAGCUUACUGGACAAAAAUAAAACUGGGCUAUUGGGAAUAUUCUGGAAAUGCGCCAGAAUUGGUGAACGGAAGAGCCCCUACGUGGCUGUGUGCUGUGUCGUGAUGGCCUUCAGCAUCCUGUUUGUACAGUAGCAACUGGACAGUGUCUGCUGCACCCUACUACCAAACAGCAGAGCACAGAAGAACUUUGGGCAGAAAGAGAUGGAAAAGUGUCAUCAAGUCUCCUGUCUCAUGUUGGAUAGCCUAUCUCUUAGUGGACACCCCCAACUCCUGCAAACAGACCAUCGUGUACAGUAUUAGUGACCGUAAUGUAACUAACUCCAGAUGACAUGGACUUAUUAAUGUCGAGUCAGUAGUGACACUCCUGAUGUAACUCUUGAAAGGCUGUCUGCAGUAUUUCUGAGUCUCAGGAGAUCUUGUUUUACACCAUGCAGUUGACAAAGCUUCGAAUUUUUUGUUUGAUAGACCCAUUUUAUGAAAUUUAAAAGUGAUAAAUCUGACCAUAGCAAUAAGACUAUUCUCGUAAGAAUAAAGAACGUUGUCACUUUAGGAUAUGUUUAUGAAAGUAUUUUCAGUUCUUACUGUCUCAACAAUUCCUGUCAUUUUGUGAUAGCUACACUCGCAUACUAAAAAUAUGACCUCUGGCCUAAGUUACAUUCAGCUUUCAUUUUCUAAACUGGUAAUUCCUCAAAUAAUCUACCAAUAUUUUUAUUGUAAAAAUAUGAAUAAAGGCAGGGACCAUAAUUGCA